UUUUUUAUUCCCAUUGUGAUCGGUCACUAAACCCAGGAGGCCAUUUUGAAAUAUAUAUAUCCCUCCUUGACUUUCUUAUUCUGUAAACUAAGACCUUUAUCAACUUCCACUUGCAAGUAAGAGUUGCCAAAUGUCCUCUUCACUUCAGUUUGCUACUCAAACGAGGUAGUGGCAGUGUUCCCUUUGCUAGCAUAGUAAAUCGUUUUACCCAAUUGAAAGUAUACCGGAAGGAUGCCCUCGGCAGUGCAGCACUAAUCGGUUUGACUAGAUGGAAUACAGCUACCGGCAUCUGUUCCUGAUGGUGAUUCUCAGACAUUGUCCUGGAGCAACUGUGAAGGCAUAGUUGUAGCUGUAUGCCACAUUUAAAAAAAAGUUGCUGCCCAAUCAAGUCAUUUGAAUCCCAUGGAAGUAAAUGGCUGUUCAUUUUGAGGUGCUUUGAAAACUAAACUUGACAUAAAUUAUUGGGUAUGCAGUAAACUCAAACACAGCUGUGCUAAAACAUAACAAAAGCCUGCCAACAUGUCCAGUGUGAAGACAACGUGUAGACCCACGCAGCUGGCCCUCUCCUCAGGGCCCGGGGACAGUAACGGUAACUCAGUGGCCUGUCUCGGGACCCCCUCCCUGGACUCUCUGAGGAGCCUGAGUGAUAGAGACUCUUCCAGUGCCCCUGACAUGGAGUGUUGCCUGAUUGAGGGCUCCCUGUCCCCGGCCAACCACCACACAGACCACCUCAAUUGCACAUGUACAGCUAACACACCAAUAAACGGUAACCUCAAACUUGGCUCACCUCCAGAGAAUAGCUCCCUCGACCUCAUCACAUUUCCAGAGAAUAGCACCUGCACUGUCCUCUCACCUGCAGUGACUGUACCUGCUGAGGGGGAUAUUUUGGAACCUGUCCAAACAUCUGUCUCCAGCUGUGUCAACACCAGCCUGGACAACUGGAACGGGAAUAUCACUCUGGUGAUCACCAGCCUGCAGGGGCACCAUGGUGACAACCAGAGUGACUGGGGGAGUACUACAUCGUCUGGUGACAGGAGUGUUGCUGCCUCGUCUGAAUUGGCCUCCCCUGAGGGGGAAGAGAGCUCCAGCUCUGUGUCGCUCCGUGGCUCCAGUGAGAACAACUGCUCCAUCGGCUCAGAAGAGAUGGCGAUGAGGUGGAACAGCUUCUGCCUGGAGGAGGCUGACACUCUCACUGUGUCUCUGUCUCUGGUGGAGCUGUCCACCAGUUCCUCUGCCCAUGGCUCCCCUGCCCUGCCUGCUGACCUGGGCCAUGGUCUGCUGUCAUUGUCCACCACCACCACCCUGCCUGACGUCUGUGACGGGCUCCUGGAGAACAGACCCACUGACACCCUCAAAGUAAAGGACAACCCAGGCCCUCAGUGCUGGGGCAUGACCUUUAUCCAGUCAGAUGACCAGGAUCUCCCUCCUGAGGGUGACUGCCUUGCACCGUCUCCUGUGGAUGUGGAUCCCUGUGAGGCAGAGGGUGUACACCAGGACACCUUUCUGUGUGAGCCAACCCCGUCUGCUGCAUGUGGAGGUGCUUCCCCAGCCCCCAGCAGGCGGGCCAGCUCGGAUGCCUAUAUCAGUGGAGGAUCCACCGAGGGCAGGACCUUCAUGCUGCCAGCCUCAGAGGAGCUGGACCUUGACGGCCGUGCCCAGACCUCCACACCAGUGCAGUGUGCUGGGAACAAACCCCUGGACUUGCCCUCCCUAACAGAAUCCCCCUGCACUGGGGAACAAAGUCACACUGGUAGCCCUGUGGUCCAGACGGCUACAGACCAGCGAGGGGCUGCCCCAAUGCUCGCAUCCCCAAAACACUGUUUGGUCGCCAGGCUUCCCCCAUCAUCAGCUAACAGAAUUAUCAAAGCAGAAAUCAAAAAGUUUCCAAAGCCAGAUUUCAGCAGAGUGAAACCCAAGAUCGUGUCGAGACCAGCUCAACCAUUGACAUUGGGAAGCCCUGCACCCGCAAAGAAUAAGCCAGGGAAACCAGUCAACCAGCCCUGUCGUAAACCAUCUCAGGUGAACAGGAACACUCCAAUGAGAAACACUCCUAGUAAACCAGCCACAGUGGAAGAUGGCCACCCGAGGGCUGCUGUGGCUGAGAAUGCAGUCCCUGAUUUCAAUGGAAUGACAUUUAUCCAGGCAGAUGACCAAGACCUCUCUUCGGCUGCUGGGUCUCACAUUGGUCCACUUGCUCUUAGUUUGACUGAGGAGGCAGAGUGUCGAGCAUCCCUGUGUGAUUCUGUCUCUGCUGCAUUUGAAAAUGUCCCACCAGUACCCAGCAGUCAGGCCACUAGUCGGGUCAGCUCAGAGGCCGAGCAUGUGGCUUCUAACUGUGGAGGAGGAUCCGCUCCAGUGCUGCCUGGAAACCAGACCUGUUUCCCAUCUCCCACAGAGUCACCCUCCACAGAACAGCGAGCUGACCCUGCACCAGCCCUGGCCAGUCCUGGCAAGGCUGGCAACAAGGAGGAAGUGCCACAGAGGAAGAGACCUGGCUCUGUCUCCUCAGCCUCCUCACCAUCCAAUCAGGCACCAGUGUCAGCACGGCGGUCCCGCUGCUGGUCUGAGAGUUCCUCCACUACAUCUAUACCACACAGGGAGUCCAGAGCCUCCCCUAGCGGCUCAGCUAGCUUCAUCAUCCCCAAGGCCUACGUCCACCUGGGACAGAGCCAGGCCAGACCGGCCAGCCACAACCGCACUGGCAGUGCCCACAACAAACCGCCUGAGACCAGGAAGGAAGCAGAAGAGCGAAGCAGCAAGGAGAUUAAGAAAUCCUGCCUUGUGACGGCCUCUAAGACUGCGAUGGGAGCAACGGCAGCAGUAGGAGCUGCCUGUGACAGGUUUAAGAGUAGACUUGGAGCACGGCCAUCCCUCAACAGAGCCAGAGGAGCCCCAGUCUCAGCCCCUCAGGCUCUCCCUCCAGUAUCUAGGCAAAGGCAGGGAAGAGAUGUCUGCAGCAGUGCCUCUAGUGGGAUGUGUUCGCCACGGGCCAAACAGAGCACCACAGCAGGUCAUCAGAGGUCCCAGACAAAUGAUGGAGUGCCUGUUGGAACCUCCUCAGCCAGCGGCAGCACUAAGACCCCAGUGACUGGUUCCAGACUCCCCCAGGCCUCUGGUCACACCCUGGCUGUGGGCUCCAGCCAGCCCUCUACUGCGGUCUCCUCCUCCAGACUGCCCUACAAGUCCCACGGUGUCCCCAAGAGCAUCCCUUCCAAGGCCAGUGUACACAAUGAGCACAGUGGCAGCACAGGAAAUGCACAAGUUUCUGCAGGAGCAGCCCAGGUGUCUGUGGGAAGACCAGCCUCAUGCAAGACCCCAGUGUUAAAAGCUAGACUCCUCUCACACCCAGGGAGUAACAUAGGACCUGCAGGAUGCAAAACUACAGAGUCGACCAAUCGGGUGCCUUCGAGGUCCAGAGCCAGUCCUAUGAAAAGAACUGCUUCAUCAAGACUUCUUCGCCCUGCCGCUGUAUUACCUGACUCUAGAGAGCAUGGCCAGCUGCCUCUUGGGACUGUUUCAAGUAAUACAGUGGACAAGAACAGACCGAGGGCGACACCACGGAGCCACCCACAGCCUCAACAGCAGUCACCAGCGCCACUCCCGCCCCAGAGGGAUGGGCAUCCAGACCUGGUGCUGGCGGAGGGCAGGGCGGGGGGCAUGGAGAGCUACCGGGCACCGUGUGAGAGGAAGAACCAGAGCCUCCAUCAGCUCCAGGGACUCCUGGCUGCAAGUAACUGCAAAUUUGAGGCCAUUGUGGUGGUGCUGCAGCAGACCCUGGCAGAGCAUGAUGAGGUCAUUAAGCAGCGCAGGGACCUGUCCCAGGAACUGAUGACCUUGAAGGGAGAGCUCGUGAACUCGGCCCGCUCGUGUGAGUUGUUGGAGCGGGAGAAGGAUGAGGUGUGUGGGGCAUUGGAGGACGUGCUCCAGACUAUGCAGGAGCAGCAUCACACAGAGCUGGCCCAGCUGGAGGAGAGGCUCAGGGUGUUCUACCAGGCCGAGUGGGACAAGAUCCACCUGACCUACCAGGAGGAGGCAGACCGGUGCAAGGCCCUCAUGGAGCAGCAGAUGACGGAGUUGAGAGCCAGCCACGAGGCUGUGACGUUAGAGCUGGAGGCCAGCAACUCUGAACAGAUCCAAGUGGUUAAACAGCAGUAUGAAGAAUCUCUAAAAGAGUUCCGUCAAGCUCAUGAGCGGGAGCUGCAGACAUUGGACAAAAAACUGAAGGAGGCUGAUGCCACUUUAUCUGGCCAGAUUCAGGAGCUCAUCGAGGAGAACACGACCCUGAACCACAGGAUAAAGGCAGAGGAGGACCAGAGGAGGGAGCUGGCUGAGAGAAGUCAGAAGGACUCCCACACCCUGUAUCUGGAACAGGAACUGGAGAGCCUCAAGGUAGUGCUGGAUAUCAAGAACAAACAGCUGCACCAACAGGACCACAAACUGAUGCAGAUGGCCAAAAUGACGGAGAAAAGUGUUAAGCUGGACGAAUGCCUUAAAAAAGUCCAGCAGGAGAAUGAGGAUCUGAAAGCCCGCAUGGACAGACAUGCUGCUCUGUCGAGACAACUGUCCACAGAGCAGGCGGUGCUGCAGGAGUCUCUCCACAAGGAAUCAAAGGUGAACAAGCGUCUGUCUAUGGAAAAUGAGGAGCUCAUCUGGAAGCUGCACAAUGGGGACCCAAGCAGCCCCCACAAGCUGUCCCCCACAUCCCCCUCCCACCAUUCACUCGGCCUCCAAUCACCUCGCAGCUCUGCCGUCUUCACCAGCCCCAUCCAAUCACCUCGCAGCUCUGCCGUCUUCUCCAGCCCUCCAGUCUCACCCAGAUAACAGCAGCCAACCACUUCCAGGAAGCAGACUCUUUCUCUCCUCUGAUUGGACUGGGUCCAGGAAGCAGCCUCUCUCGUUCCUUUCUGUUUGGACCGAGUCAACUUAAGAGCUAUAUUAGCUGACCGGGAUUGCCGCAUGUCAUCCAGAGAUGGCUACAAUAUCCCUGAAUGGCUCUACUUUAUGUUGACACUUACUACAGAUCAAUGACUCUAUGUGAAAAGACUGUUACACAGAAGCACUUACUGAGUGAGACCGCCUCUUGUUCUUUCUGCCUUGUCUGAUAUUAUAGGACAUCAGCCAUAGGGUUAGGGUUAUUAUAGGACAUCAGCCAUAGGGUUAGGGUUAUUAUAGGCCAUCAGCCAUAGGGUUAGGGUUAUUAUAGGACAUCAGCCAGAGGGUUAGGGUUAUUAUAGGACAUCAGCCAUAGGGUUAGGGUUAUUAUAGGACAUCAGCCAUAGGGUUAGGGUUAUUAUAGGACAUCAGCCAGAGGGUUAGGGUUAUUAUAGGACAUCAGCCAGAGGGUUAGGGUUAUUAUAGGACAUCAGCCAUAGGGUUAGGGUUAUUAUAGGACAUCAGCCAGAGGGUUAGGGUUAUUAUAGGACAUCAGCCAGAGGGUUAGGGUUAUUAUAGGACAUCAGCCAUAGGGUUAGGGUUAUUAUAGGACAUCAGCCAGAGGGUUAGGGUUAUUAUAGGACAUCAGCCAUAGGGUUAGGGUUAUUAUAGGACAUCAGCCAGAGGGUUAGGGUUAUUAUAGGACAUCAGCCAUAGGGUUAGGGUUAUUAUAGGACAUCAGCCAUAGGGUUAGGGUUAUUAUAGGACAUCAGCCAUAGGGUUAGGGUUAUUAUAGGACAUCAGCCAUAGGGUUAGGGUUAUUAUAGGACAUCAGCCAUAGGGUUAGGGUUAUUAUAGGACAUCAGCCAUAGGGUUAGGGUUAUUAUAGGACAUCAGCCAGAGGGUUAGGGUUAUUAUAGGACAUCAGCCAGAGGGUUAGGGUUAUUAUAGGACAUCUCAGGACUAUAUAAUGAGACACUAUUUUUGUUACUCUUUCUCGUGGUCAGCAAAAGUGUGUUGCUGGUUUUCCCUCUGAAGACACACACCAGUGCUAUGGGAAGGAGUGCUGUGGUGCUGGUGGCCAAAGGCAGGCCUGUGUGUUGACUGACUGGGAAUAUGCUCUGCUCCUGUGUCAUAAUAUUGCUAUGAGAAUCAGCACGGCUAGGAAUCCAAAAAUAACAUUGAAUCUCCUCCUUUGAUUUGGAAAUCAAACAUGAAUCCUGUAAUCUGUAUAUUAAUUGAUGAAAAUGAGGUAAACAUAAACCCUUGUACAACACACUCAAUAACAUUGUUCACUCCUCAUAGAUCAUUCAUGAAUGCUUUCACUGCAGGAACUUUGCUUUCAGUGAUGCAUGCACCACAUGCUACAUGCAAUUGUCUUCAUAAACUGGAUAUUAGCAAUCAUUUCCUGUUUUUAAAAGGUUAAUGGCGUUUCCAUGGUAAUUAAUGGGCGUCCUGCGCUUCCGAACUGUACUUUUUUUUCCUGUUAUUACCAGUCUACCGGUUAUAUAGACUUCUAACUGUUCAGUUCUACAGGUUAUAUAGACUUCUAACUGUUCAGUUCUACAGGUUAUAUAGACUUCUAACUGUUCAGUUCUACAGGUUAUAUAGACUUCUAACUGUUCAGUUCUACAGGUUAUAUAGACUUCUAACUGUUCAGUUCUACAGGUUAUAUAGACUUCUAACUGUUCAGUUCUACAGGUUAUAUAGACUUCUAACUGUUCAGUUCUACAGGUUAUAUAGACCUCUAACUGUUCAGUUCUACAGGUUAUAUAGACUUCUAACUGUUCAGUUCUACAGGUUAUAUAGACUUCUAACUGUUCAGUUCUACAGGUUAUAUAGACUUCUAACUGUUCAGUUCUACAGGUUAUAUAGACUUCUAACUGUUCAGUUCUACAGGUUAUAUAGACUUCUAACUGUUCAGUUCUACAGGUUAUAUAGACCUCUAACUGUUCAGUUAGGUUUCCUGAUGACUCAAAGCUGUGUUUUUAAUGUUUGUUGGUUUGUUUAACCAUGGGACCAAUUCAAAUAAAUGUUCGCAUGUUUGAUGACCUGUAUCUAGCACCCCUCCCUCAUCCAAUCAUCCUACUACAGCUUUAAAAUGGGGGGUCUUUACAAAGAUGUCACUAAGGUUAAAAAGCAAGAAGAAGAAGCAGCUAAGCGUGAUGGAUGUGUUUUGUAUAUGUCACAAAUUAGUACCUGUUUGGAUGUGGAGAUUACUGGUGUUGAAAAAACUGUUUAAUAUAUGCAAUUAAUAAAGUCCUAUUAUGAAAUCUAAAGCAGAUAUA